AUGCCUCUUCUUCGAAACAUCCACAAUCGACGAACAGCCCGUCAAAGAUACAUAAACCCUCACCGAAUCCUCGCCACAAGCCUCCUCCUUCCCGCACUCGCUCUAGCCGACGAUGAGCCUACAUCCUCAGUAAAUCAAGUCUCCGAGCCCUUUGUGGACCAAGUGACAGGUCUCACAAUGGAGCGCUUCUUCGGUGCCCGAACCUCUUUCGCAUUCGCUCUCGCCUUGCCCGACGCCGCAUCUGCAAACGCAACUGCUGGGUCGUUUAUCGGUCAACUACAAUUCCCACUGGCGAACGGGGAGGGAUGGGGUGCGGCUGGAUUGACGGGAGAUAUGGAGGGCAACUUCAUCCUCGCUGCAUGGCCUGACGGAAAAGGAGGAGUCAUGGCUUCAUUUCGACAGGCGAUUGACGAGGACAACCCUGCGGAAGUCAAAGGAAACUUCAAAGUCAGACCGCUACCAGAUGGUGUCUCAGUCAACGAGACUUCCCUCUUGUACACAUUUCUCUGUGAGAACUGUCUCGACAGCACAUUGGGUCUCGGUCCCGAAGCUGCUGUUGGAAACGCGGUGAUGGGCUGGGCGCUGUCUGAGAGGCCUCCGAGAGGCGACCCUUCAAACCCCGGUGCAUUCCUUGGUUUCCAUGAAAGGGGCUUUGGGCCCUUCACUGCGCGUCUGGCGCAAGCCAAGACAACUGGCUUUGAUGCCGUUGCGGCCAAGGCAUUGGAUCCAGUGGGUGACUCUGGAAGCGCUGUGGCGACGGUACCUAACGCGUUCCUGGACGGUGGUAGUGAUGACGAGGAUAGCGGUGAUGAGGGAGCUGGAACGGGAGGUGGAGUCGGAGGUGGCAAUGGUGGUGAUGAUGACUCUGGAGAUGAGUCUGGGGAUGAAGACGAUGACUAG